AUGAAGCCAUCUUGGAAGGCACAAGUCCGCCAAAGACGAAAAAGAUCGACAUCAUCCUCUGUGUUGCAGCAGCGCUCCAUAUCUUUAACCACGUCACUGCGGAGCUGCUUCAAGGCAGGCAGCCCACACAGCCAGCAGACGAAAUCGAAAAGUCUACACAUCUCUGCGCCAUCGAAUGAAUACGUAAAUUGGGCUGAAUCGCAGAAAGAAAUUUUUGUCGAGGUAAGCGAUAUGAACUCUUUCUACCUUAAAAUCCCACGAUUACUUUCCAAGCUAUAUACCUCAGAUAACCCUUUUUAUCUAGUUCAGGGGGUAGAGGAAGGGAAAGGAGUUUCUUAACAAAUUAUCAACAUAGAACAGGGUAGGAAUGAAUGACUGGAGAAACGAAAUAAGUCUCAUUUUCUCAAUGGCGAUAUGGCUGACGACAAUAGGUCUUCCGAUUAACAUAAUACAAAACAAUAAAUAUUUCACAUUCCCUAAAAGACAUUUCACAAGGAAUAUUUCGAAAGCAAAACGAAUCAGUCAGAAACUAUUACAUAUUCAUGUGUAGCACGCUUGUUUUGCGUCAUGAAUAAAGAACGAGAUAUAUUCGUGUUCAGCGCACUUGUUUCACGUACAAUCGAUUCAGUGAAGUGUAAUGACAAGUGAAUCGAUUCUUUAAGUUUUAAUUACAUAUUCCUAAACAUAUUUUUUUCCAGUUCCUGAAUGACCUCAUGUCGCCCACGAUGGAUGAAACAAAAGGUCAGCCAACCUUGAUGUCCAUUCAAACCGUGUGUCUUCAUUUUGGUGGUCCACUUCUCACCUGCCGGGCCUUCAAACAGUGCGGCCCAUGUCCUCUGCGAGGAAUCGCAAAUUCUGAGUUCACGGAAGCAGUCAACGCCCUUGAGCAAACAGGCCUAGGAAAGGUUCGUUCCUUCCAAGUACGAUUUGCACCACAUCCAGUUCAAGUGUUCAUCAAGCAAAAACCUGAGAAUGUCAACUGGCCCUCAGAUUUAUGCAGCCAAAACGACCGUAGAUCCAAGUACAAUCAAAAUGCCAACAAAUGUAUCUCUCUACCGCUAUCAAGCAGGCAUUGA